GAGUCUGUCUAGGCGCCUAGGAUGUCGUGAGACGGAGGCAAAGGUGUGUUCUUGACGUUACCACUUACCUGCCCAGGACUGGAAGUGGGUAGUUGAGGAGAUCAUCAACACCUCGAUCAUUACUGGGAGUAUAAAGCCAUCCUCCAUCUCCUCCGAAUCCCAGACUCUCAUCUAUGUCGCCAGCAUCAACAUCAUCACCAACGCCAUCACCAGCUGCCUAGGCUUGCUUCACUUCCACAACAAAACCAAACAAACAUCUUUCUCCUCCCAGCAAGCAACAACCCAAACAAACACACAAAAUGAAGUUCACCACCAUCCUCCUCGCCCUCGGCACCACCGCCCCGGCUGUCCUCGCCGCCGACAUGGACCUAGUCGACAUGUGGGUCGACACCAAUUUCAACGGGCCCAAGUACACCGGCCGGGGGGACGUGGGCCAAUGCGUCAACCUCCCGAGCAACUUCAACGACAACCUGAGCAGCGGCAAAGCCCGGCCCGGUUACAAGUGCACAAUCUGGCCCGACGCCGACUGCAAAACCAACAGGUUCGACUCUAGCUUUGAUGAUAAGGGCUCAGGCGCGAGCUUCCCAGAUUGGAUUAAUGAUAGGGCGAGCAGCUGGAGGUGUUAUAGGGCUUGAGAUGGAGGAGGGGUUGAUGGGAGGUUACCUACGGGGCGAGGG